AUUCAAGAAAUUGAGCGAGGUUGAAACAUAACUUCAGCUCGUUAUUCAGACAAUGCUUGAUAAACUUUGACAAAACUAAUAUCAAGCCUAAUAUCAAUAUACGAAACUUAAUUUGUGUAUAAUACGUCUGUGAUGAAGCGUUCAACAAACAUUUUACUGCUAUGUCUUCUUCCGUGGAUUUCGGCCCACGAUGAAAAUCAUGAAGGUACCUCUCACAUUGGCGUCGCUUCCGAUCCAGUCGCGUAUGAUUCUCCAUAUGAAAUAGUGACAAAACCUAGAAAUGAAAACGUUCAUCGAGAGCCGGGUGUAAGCCAGGAAAUAAGUAGUCCAGGACAUGUUAUCACUGCAAAAGAAACUGAAAAUUUCGAAUCCUCAUCUCCGGCUGAGACUCCUGUGGCAUACUCCAAUAUAGAUGAAAAUUCAGAAACGGCGGAAGACGUCUCCGAUUCCGAAAAUUCUGACGCCCACACUGAAUCAGAUAACAACGACACUCCCGAUGUCAGUGGUUUGGAAGCUGUCCUUCUCAGUUUAUAUGGUGUACGUAUGAAUCAAUCGCUAAUAGGGAUGUAUUCUGGGGAACCGGGCGAGCCGGCUAUGCCAGGAUUCAAUUGUACAGAAUUGCAUUGUUUGUAUGGUAGCGAUCUUGAAGUUACGACACAAUCAGGAGAUGAAAUACCAGAGAAUGAUGACUAUACAAUAAUGACAACAGUCCGAACGUCCGAAGCGUCCAAUACCUCAGAAGCACCAAAUGUUGAGUUGCUUGAAAGCGACAACCCAAUAUUGGAAGAACAUUUUAUCAAUUCGGACAAUUCAUUACUAAAUAACAGUCGGAUUGUUCACGACGUCGGAAAUGAUUCACCAAAUUCAACAAUAAAGUCGGAGACUACAGAAGAAUAUGGCCAUAAUGAACUGGAUAGCAGUCGUUUCUUGGUCUUUAAACCUUCUUUCUUCCCUCAACCAAACACCAUCAUACAUGAGGAUAAAUUUGGAAAUCCAGAAAUCACAAUUUUAGAGAAAAAUAUAACAAAUACCGGAGUGGGAAUUGAAUUUACUCUUACGAGUGAUCAAGUGUCAUCAGAAAGAAUAAUGCCGUCUUUCAACAUUUCAGCAAAUCUUGACGUCCCGCAUAUAGUUCCUCUUCUAAAGCGAUGUGGAGUCUUUCCUGCGUGUCGUCUCAAAGUUACCGCUGUUGAUGAUGUAGUCAAUUAUGAUGCUUUUUCAUACGAGAAAGAAACCUCAGCAAAGAUCACAAAUGACCCUGAAGCUCUGAUAAAAAGUCUUGAAGUAACCUGUGACCCGACUUCAGUCAGCAUGAUAAUCGCCUUUGUUGUCAUAUUAGCUGUCGUCGUCAUUAUAAGUAAUUCGAUAAUCAUCGUCGUAACAUUACGGACAAGAUCUUUACGAAAACCUCAUGGAUAUUUCAAGAUAUCUCUAGCCAUUGCUGACUUGUUUACGGGAACUUUUGUUCUUACAAAUAUAAGCUCCAACCUUGUAAGAUUUAUUCACUUCAACGAUGAAGACAUUACUCAGCUUCUUCAAUUACGAAGAUUGGAACCCGUUUACUCGGAAGCAGCAUUUUUUGGAAUAUGUGCAGUUUUAUCACAAGUCGUGACAGUAUACAGCGUACUCCUGCUGAGUGUCGACAGUUUUCUAUCAAUAAGAUGGCCUAUGCAAUAUCGGAUCGGGGAUCUAAUGACAACAAAACGAGCAAUUGGCCUCAUAGCCGUAGUUUGGAUUUUUGCCCUCUCGGUGUCAGCUCUUCCAAUAUUAGCUUAUGAAUACGUUCGAUACGGUCUCAGCUACACUACGUUUUCAUACUUUCCUAUUUUGGAACCUAUUGGAUCGCACAUGUCACGUGAAGAAGCUUUCUUGGCAAGAUAUAUCCACGUGAUUCUAUACGCUGUUCUUGUUUGGGGAAUUCCAUUUUUCGCGACUUGGAUGCUAACUUUGUUGACAGCUUAUCACAGUAGAGGAAUGCUUCGACAGAUGAGUCGAUCUAGAAACGGAAGUCCUACAGUUAGCGGUAAAAUCGGACGACUUGAGAGAGACAUUUUGCGAACUGUGAGCAUAGUUCUGCUGAUGUUAACCAUAACGGUUUUACCGAUGUUGGUUUGCCUGAUUGUCAUCAGCGUAACGUCGUAUGACAACCCUUUGUGCAUGGAGCAACAUAUCGUGAAUUUGCUGUUUUCCGCUUACUACAUAUUGGUCUGUGGCAGCUUCAUAAAUGUCAUUGUAUACAAUGCUUGUCACAAGGAAUUCCGUAGAGCAAUGUUCGACUUCUUAUGCGAUGCCAUAUCAUUUUUGUUUUCCUGGAUAUGCCCUGCUUUUUGUGACUUACGUGUCAGCAAAGCAGAAAGAUCUUUUCGUAGCAGAAGAACCAGACGUACAACUAUGUCAUCAGAAACAAAGAAGAAAAGAAAAUCUGAGCAUAAAAAUAUCAAAUCAACAGAUAAUGCAUCAACAACAUUGAGUAAUGAAAGAACCGGAUAUUUACAGUCGGGAUUUCCUUACGAUAAAAAUAUGGAUCAUUCUGAAAGCGUUGGAAGCGACGUGCCGUCAUCAAGUCGCACUGUGUCCACCGAUACAUGUUUGUCAACAUCAACAUUAAAUGGAUCAGUAAGUUCAGAGUGUAGUAAUUCAUCACAAGUUAUAACAAAAAUUCCUGCCAAGCGAGCAGCAAGUUGCAACUCCGUGUUUUUAUCAACAAAUUAUGUGAUUAAAAGACAAGAUCCACGUUGACACUUCCAUGUAUGUAACUAUUUCGUCAAUGCGUAAUUGUCUUGCAAAACAAAGUAAUCGCAAUACUUAUCACAUUGGAGAUAACUGUACAUCGCCAUUCAGAGAGGAAUAAGAACAAGAGAAAGGGUUGUAAAACGAAGAUGGACCAAUAUUUUAAGAGCAAUGAUAUUAGUAUCGUAUCAAAAUUUUUAAGGAUACACACUGGUUUCACUUCAUAGUGUUUCAAUCAUACUCUUCGACUGAUACUACUUAUAUUGACUUUGAAACCUUAGUUUAGCAGACAGUGUUAUUGCUUGUGACAUUUUACGUUAAUCAGAUUCAAUGAAGAACGCAUUCCAUAUGCCAUCCCAACAAUCAGUUCACAUAUUCAACUAUCAUUCAGUGCUGUGCUGAAAUUUCAAGGAUUUUUUCCAGACAGAUGUCUUUCUAUAUAGUAGUACUCCCUCGGUAUUGUUUUACAUAGUUGAACCAUUCUAAAAAUAUUUAUUUCGAAGUGUCACCAUAUCAAUAAAACCCGCUAUCAAAUUGAUAAAUGCAUUCGAGUUUUGAUGUGCCUGGCGCAUAUUAUAUUGUACGUUGAAUCGAUAUGUUUGAGACUGCAGUUUCAGCGUGCAGUAUGUGAAUAUUGUCAAUAUUUAUUUUAAUUUUUUCAGCAAUAUUAUUUUGUUUACUUACUUAAUUAAUUAAUGUUGUGUGUUGUUAACAUCUAAUAAAUUUUUUGUAACAAUGAA